AUGAUGAUUGCACGUGUCGGUGAAUUUGGCUCCAUACAAAAUGAUCAUUCAGAACACAACCAAGUUAAACCUAAUGAUGAUCUUUUAGGUGAUAACGUUGAUUGGAACCAGCAAAAAUUAAAUAUUAUUGAAUAUACGAGUUCAAUUCAAUAUCGAACACGUGCUGAGUGGCAGCAGAAAUUAGAAACUGUUGGUUUUCAUCUUAAGGCUACACUUGAUUAUGAUCAAAACUCAUCAGCCAAUCCUCAAGCGUUGUAUUAUGCUGUUUUUCAAUUAAAUACCAAGUGA